GCCGGAUGUCGCGGUGCCCGGGGCGGGCGGGAGGCGAGGCCGGUGCUCUCCCGGCGCCGACAGUCCCCGAGCCCGGGCGGGCAGGUGGAGCCGGGAGCCGCGGCCGGAGCAUGGAAGAUUCACAGGCAGGUAUGGACCUAAGUAAUUCACAGGAACAGCCCAUGGCUGCAGAAGGACAGGAGGUUUUGACAGACCGUAAUCUGAACAAAUCCCAGGAAAUGGAAAGUAUGGAUAACGCGGAAGAUCUGAAGGAGCAUAAUCAGUCUAAUGAAGAAGCAGGAGAUGAUGUGGUUAAAGUGAAAGGUGAAUACAGUGAAAGAGAGGAGAGUGCUUUAAAUUCAGAGCCUAUGGAAAACCCAGAAGAAUCUGAAAUGCCUUACACCUAUCCCAGAGAAUAUAAUGAAUAUGAAAGCAUUAAACUGGAAAGACAUUCUGGUUCAUGUGACAACGUCAGGCCAGCUAGUGGAAAAAUGAAUUGUGAUAUCUGUGGAUUAGCCUGCAUUAGCCUCAAUGUCUUGAUGGUUCAUAAACGUAGCCACACUGGUGAACGGCCAUUCCAGUGUAAUCAGUGCGGAGCUUCCUUUACUCAGAAGGGUAACCUCCUCCGCCACAUUAAACUACAUACAGGGGAAAAACCUUUUAAAUGUCAUCUUUGCAGUUAUGCCUGCCAAAGGAGGGAUGCGCUAACAGGUCACUUAAGGACACAUUCUGUGGAGAAGCCGUACAAGUGUGAGUUUUGCGGCAGGAGCUAUAAGCAAAGGAGCUCGUUAGAGGAGCACAAGGAGCGGUGCCGUACUUACCUGCAGAAUGCUGGCAUGUGCGAGGCUGCAAGCGUGGAGGCAAGGCACAUCAAGGCAGAGAUGGGGAGUGAAAGAGCCCUUGUGCUGGACAGGCUAGCAAGCAACGUGGCAAAGCGAAAAAGCUCAAUGCCUCAGAAAUUUAUUGGUGAGAAACGGCAUAAUUUUGAUGUUAAUUAUAAUUCAAGUUUCAUGUACGAAAAGGAAAGCGACAUAAUGCAAGGACGCAUGAUGGACCAGGCCAUAAACAAUGCCAUCACCUACCUUGGGGCUGAAGCCUUGCGCCCCCUCGUGCAGACGCCACCAGCUCCCACCUCGGAAAUGGUCCCCGUCAUAAGCAGUCUGUACCCCAUACCACUGACCCGCACCGACGUGCCGAACGGCAACUCGCAGGAUGCGGAGAAAAGCCACCUACGGGACAAAAGCCUGUCUUCCGACAGAGGCCUUUCCCCCAACAACAGCGGCCAAGACUCCACAGACACUGACAGCAACCACGAGGAGCGGCAGAAUGCCACCUUCCUUCAAAGCCAGAUGAUCCCCGCUCAGGCCCGCAACGGCCUCCAGUCCUUGAAGGAUUUCCCAAGGCCGUAUGACAUAAUCAAGCCACCUGCCAUAUGCCCACGCGAUGCCUUUAAGGUCAUCAACAAGGAAGGGGAAGCCAUCGGGGUCUACCGGUGCGACCAUUGCCGCGUCCUCUUUUUGGAUUAUGUGAUGUUCACCAUCCACAUGGGCUGCCACGGGUUCCGCGACCCCUUCGAGUGCAACGUCUGCGGGUACAGAAGCCACGACCGAUACGAAUUUUCCUCACACAUAGCACGAGGAGAGCACAGGGUAGUGCUCAAAUGAAAGGACUGGCUUUCCGAGGUCAAAGGCUUUGUUUUAGAUUGGAGGGGGGGGCUUGUUUGGUUGGGUUUGAGUUAGUAUAAAGAAGUUUCUGGAGUGUUUUUCUAUGCCAGUUUUUAAAUGAGUGUCACAGGGCAGUGACACCUCUAUAAUUUCUUUUUUUUACAAAUAAUUCAGUGUUCUGUAGCAUCUAUGCCUUCUGUGGUGAGUGGUACUGUAUAAAAUACCAGGAGCAGAGACCGGUUUUUAUAUGAACUUUAUUUUUGUGAAAAUUAAGAGCCAUUUAAGAUGUUUUUAUUUUUUAAUGUGCGUUUGUUUUUAUAAUGUACGCUUUAACUCAGCGCAAGAGGUUUUUAUGCCCCGCUGCCAGUGUCCCGGCUUGGUCAGGUGCGUAGUCAGGGGUCCGCAGGAGGAGCGUGACGGUGCCGAUGGUCUUCAAAUGGCUGAUCGCCGAAACAAGGGAAACACGUGGCUGGGAGGGAUUAUUGAUUCGUCUUUAAAGGUUUUCCCCUAAGUCUUAAAGAGCAGGUGGUCCCACCACACUUUCAUUUUUCUUACCCUUCUGUUCACUUUCUUUAAAGUCACUCCCACAUGUGUCUUCCUCGGUAAUAGCAAAAGAAGAAAUGAGACCUAUUUUGGGGUUUUUUAACGAUAUGCAUUUUUGGGAUACCCGGUGAGGUCAUUGGUUGGCUCACCUCUGCACUCUGGGGGAAAUCCUGAUUUUUUCAUCGAUGGGAAGUCCUCCUUUUCCCAUGGGUGCCAAGAACAAGGACAAAACUGCGCUGCGCGUUGCGCCCCCGCCUCGCUCCUGCUCGGCUCCGGCAGCAGACCUCGCGGCUGUGCCGCCGGGCCCUGGCACGCCGCGUCCCUGCGGACGGCCCGCCUGCGCCCAGCGGGAGUCACCCUGUCCUGGCAGCCGCCGCCGUGCGAAUCUGCAUACAUGAAUGUGUGGGAGCUGCCGGCUCAAUCGUGCUGUCUGGUUUUACGUGGGGAUAUCCCUCGGCGUGAAAUGUGCUGUUUUGCAAAAUGAGUAUUUACCAUUACUUUGAAGCUGGUUUUUAAAAUAGUUCUUUUAAUCUAAUCAUUGCUCCGCAGCUGUAUUAUUAGUCACUGUGCUGAAGAUAUGAAUUUGAUAACAGUUUUGCUGAGUGAAUGUUUAUUCUUUGCAAAGUAUUUUUGUAUAAUGUAGAGUUAAGUGUGGUCUGAUGGACUUUUUGCAUCCAAUGUACGGUUUGAUGUCU